CCCUUAGUUUCCGGUUACUUUAUCUGCUAACAUUUUAGCAUCAGAUGCAAUAGCCACCAACGAAAAGGGAAAAUGCCCACCCCUUCUCUGACCUCAACUCGACUGUCAUAUGUUUGUGAAUAAGUGACGAAUCUGCUGACUGACGCGGAAAACAUCUGCAGCUGCUACGUACGGGAACCAGUUAAAUCGGAAACCAGUUGGGCCAUAACAACGGCACUGUGCGGGACGACUUGAGAUAGGACCGAAGUCCACCAAGGAGCCAGCGGCAUGUCGACGUAUGUUCUGGGUGUAGACGUGGGCACCACGUCGGUGAAAGCAGUUUUACUGGAAACUGUUUCCAGAGCGGUGAUCGCGACUCAGGCUUUGCCCACUACGUCUGAUAUCACUGACAGUGGCGGGAUGAAGGAUAAAGAGCAGGACACAGGUCGGAUCAUUGAUGCUCUGAAUCGGUGCAUCGGCCUCCUGCCCAGAGACAAACUGCAGCAUGUGGGCAGCAUCGGGCUGUGCGGACAGAUGCACGGGGUUUUAUUCUGGAAAGCAAAGAGCGGUUGUGAUUGGUCCGACAGAGACUUCUUCACGGCCAGAGACACCAGUCAGCUGAUCACCUGGCAGGAUGGACGCUGCACCUGUGACUUCCUGUCUUCUCUUCCAGAACCACACUCGCAUCUCAGUGUGGCCACAGGAUUCGGCUGUGCAACAAUCUUCUGGCACAUGAAGCACAGGCCCAAGUUCCUCGAGGACUUCACAGUCGCAGGCACCAUCCAAGACUAUGUAGUGUCUAUGCUGUGCGGCCUGGACGUCUGCGUGAUGACGCCUCAGAACGCAGCCAGCUGGGGAUUCUUCAACACUUCCUCCAACCAGUGGAAUGUAGAUAUUCUGAAGGGUGGUGGCUUCCCUCUGACCCUCCUUCCUCAGUGUGUGCCAUCUGGUGUCUCGGCGGGACAGACAUGCUCAGACUGGCACGGUGUGCCUGCUGGUACGCCGGUAGGGGCCGCCCUGGGAGACUUUCAGUGCUCUGUCUACUCCUGCAUGAGUGCACGCACAGACGCAGUUCUGAACAUAAGCACCUCGGCACAGCUGACCUUCGCCAUGCCAGCUGACUUCAAGCCUCCAGAUGCUCCUCAGCCCGCCUCGUCCGUCUCCUACUUCCCCUACUUUGACUCUGUGUACCUGGCGGUGGCGGCGUCGCUUAACGGAGGGAACGUACUGGCCUCUUUUGUGGAGAUGCUCACUGCCUGGAUGAAAGAGCUCAAUGUUGAGUCGAGUGAUUCUUGCUUAUAUGAGAAGCUGGUCGGUUGCGCCCUGAACCAGGAAACCAGUGACCUGAGGGUGAGUCCCACCAUCCUGGGAGAGAGACACAGCCCCCUCCGCCUUGGUCAGGUGACCAACAUCUCCGCCUCCAACCUCUCUCUUGGUCACGUGACCAGGGCGCUGUGCCGUGGAAUCCUGGGCAAUAUCACCUCCAUGAUGCCCGCUGAGCGUCUGCAGCAGGCGGGGGUCAGCAGGGUCGUGGGCAGCGGGAGCGCGCUCACUCGCAAUGAGGUGCUAAGGCAGGAAGUGGAGAAGGCAUUUCCUCAGCCCGUCGUAUACAGACAGAAUGCCGACUCUGCUGUGGGCGUGGCCAUGGUCCUCUGUGACCGACUUUGAAUGAGACUUUUGUAAUCCGCAGGGGAACCCCGUCUGUUUACAUGAUUAAUUGAUGAUUUUGCACACCGCUGAAUACCGUAUCAAAUGUUAUCAGUUUGUUUGAGAGAAUGAAAGAAAGAAUCUGGCUGAACUGAAAUGCUGCAUUUUAUCUGUGAAGCUAAAAAGAAAAGCCAUGUUUGCCAGGACAGGGAUCGAAAACAAUGUGUGGCUCAAUAUUUGCCGCGAGGUUGAAUCUACAAAAUGGCUGACGUACUGUCUCCACCUGGCCCCAGAGUGCAGCCACACAUCUGAUUUUCAAACAUCUAGAUUCAUCAAAUUCAAUUUGGUGCGUUUAGUAAUGUUGCCAUCAAUUAUCACUGCUGUGUAGCUGCUUCCUUCUCUUCCCUCUCCUCUUAAAAUGUCACUCCCAAAACCUGAGGAUGCUUAAGAGGUUGAAUCUAUAGAUUGCUGCAGACCGCCGUGUGUGCGAACCUUUGUAUCGGAUGGAUUUUCUUGUUGCACAUGUACACAGGUCUGUAUCAGAAGGCAGGCUCAGCCUUGUCUGGCUCACUGUAGGCUACCUGACGUCAGUGAUCCUCCAUAACUGGCACCAUGACGCCAGUUAUCAACCAAGUCAUUUAUUGUAUCUUUGACUUUCGGACACGCUUCUAAACACGUUCACAUUAAAGAGGCAGAGAUCAUAAUUACAGGCCAAUCACUAGGGGUCGACCUCAAAACCAUGAAUAAAGUAUUUACAUAUGAGAUGUCAUGUGUUUAUAUCAUAUCAUAGACAGUUGAUAGCACAACUACAAUAGAGUAAGAAGCUAUAGAAACUUAUGGAAUGAUAUCCAAAUAAAUACGUUACGGAUAAGUGGGAACUGUUGUAUAAGUAUAGCAGCAUCAUCGUGUAGUGACAUUUACAUUUUUUUCCUGAUGAUGUACAAACUAUUAUGAAUAAAUAAAAGGUUAAAAAGUAAAGUUUCUGUGGGAAAAGUGGAGGGGAAAAGCACAGUCUGUGCAAAGAAGGACAUGGAGAUAAGAAACCAUCCAUACAUAAGGGUGUAUAUGAACAUAAAUGUUGCAUUUUUAGUUUACCAGACUAAUUAACAAUGUAUGCAUUUCUUCUUUGUAAUAAAAAGCCAAAGACUAUACUUUUUUAUUUUCUAUUAUUAUCUCAGUGACUCCAAAAAUAUUUCAUAUUCAGAUGCCUCAUGUUAAUUUGAGCUGUAGUACAUGCAUAGGAGUCUAAAAAAAAAAAGUCAAUACACAAACAAUAAUCCUGUGGAGAAUGAAAAAAAACUUUGGACAAUUAUCUAUACAACUAUCUUUGUGGAUGUUGAAAGCCUCAUUUUAUCACCAAAGUGGACAUAUUCCCUAAUAUCUCUGAUAAGUUUAUAAAAGAAAGCACAGUGUUUCUACUGAUCCAUAAAGAUGUCUCUCUUGCUCUUUAUCACCUGGUUGUAAACUCCCAGUUUUUAUUAUAUUUGCCCAUUGUCCCUUUAGCUUUUGGUUUAAGGAAAAAAAAAGGUUUUUUUUUUGUUAUCAGGUUCUUAGAUGAAUGAUUCCAGCACUGUCUUUGCUUUCUCUUGAUUUAUAAGUCUUAAUUCAUGCUUGCAGUUUGAAUUUCCAUUAUUACUGCUUUUAGUUUAUGUCAUUUGUGUUUUCAAGGAGAUGAUGUUUUUUUCUGUUAGCCACUGUCAUUUGUCAUGUUUGGUUACAUUCAGUAUACUAAAAAUCAAAAGUUGUCAGUGUAAUGUUUACAAGAGAGACAUUAUGUUUAGUCUUGCUGUCAAAGUAUUUAAUUAUGUAAUUUAAAAAAAACUUUCUUAAUUUCCAGAUUUUGCAUCAGUUGAGAGUUGGUGCAUAUUAUGACAAACCAUCUUUUCACAUGAAAUAUUUCCAGCAGCAAUGUUCUUGGUGGCUUUUCCUUAAUGAAUAAUGAAUUUAACACAACAUUUCCUACAAGUAAGUUCAGUCCGGACUGUGGAAAACACACAUGACAUCAGUGCUAUUCAUGUUACCAGUCAUUUCUUUUACUACUCAGAAGCUUUUUGUUGACAUGACUACAGUUCUGUGCUGUUUAUGACUGAAGUUAUGUAAUUAUACUAAGAAUAAAGCAGUAUUAAUAAUA